ACUACUCGGCUCGCUUGUCUCGAAAGUCGAAAGAAAUCAGCAGAUCUUAUUAUACUUUGUCGCAGCUUCUUCACCCAUUCGCGAACCUUCGAUACAACUCUUUUACAAUUUCCUUCUCCUACAACUCUUCAUCCUUCUUCGGCUCGAUCAAUCGCUUGAAGGUCUUCAUAGUUCACUCAUAAGUUGUUGCAGUUGUCAUUCUGCCAGCCCAUCCAUCAGCUCCUCUUACAGUGUUUUUCCUGACUAACUGACCUGAUUUCAAGAAAUUCUUUUAUAUAAGUGUUGGAGAUGGCUGAGGAGGGACACAAGGUGUUUUUGAAUGUGUAUGACUUAAGCCAAGGAUUAGCUCGCCAGAUGUCUGCUGCAUUCUUGGGCAAAACCAUUGAAGGCAUAUGGCACACUGGAGUAGUUGUUUAUGGUAAUGAAUAUUAUUUUGGCGGUGGGAUACAACAUGCUCGUGUGGGUACUACACCAUAUGGGACUCCUAUUCGAGUUGUGGAACUCGGUGUCACGCAUCUUCCAAAGGAUGUUUUUGAAUCAUAUUUGCAGGAGAUUAGCCCCCGUUACACCGCAGAGACCUAUAGUUUACUGACCCAUAACUGCAAUAAUUUCAGCAAUGAGGUUGCUCAGUUUUUGGUGGGUGUAACCAUUCCAGAAUACAUUUUGAACCUUCCUAAUGAGGUCAUGAGCAGCCCCAUGGGUGCUCUCAUGUUGCCAAUGAUACAACAGAUGGAGGCUACAUUAAGGGUUGGUGCAGUUCCUCAAGCUCCUGUCUUCAAACCUUCAACAACAGCUCCUCCUGCUGCUUCCCAGUCGGGAAGCAACAAGAGGAGUGUAUCGGAAGACACAAUAAAAGAGGGUGUUGAUUCGGGAUCGGGAGUGAAAAAUGAAGUUGCAGGUGCAGUCAAUCCUGCAUCUGCUGUGGAUAUGGAUCCCAUGGGAGACGCCCGGAGCAAGAUACAAGGGGAGAUCACUCGAGAGUUUGCUGCAAUUAUGGCAACUGGGACAUUGCGUGCAAGUGAGGCUGCGGCAUUGGCAACUAAAAGAGUCAUGCAAAGAUAUGGCCACACCAGUGUUGCACAGAGUUGAGAUAAAAACUACGGAGUACUUUAUUUGUUGUGUGUAGUACAUUACAUCUAAUCAUUCCAUGGCUUCCACAUUGGGGGGUUUAAGUUACUUGAGAGAUUUUAAUAUUUGAAAUGUAUUCCCAGACUUCAAUUGGUUGUGGUUUUAAUUUAAAAAACACGUUAGCACAUUCUUUAAGUGCCCGAAACUAUGAAUACAUACAUAUAAACCCUUAUCAUUUGCUUUU